UUCCUCCUCCUCUUCUCUGUAUUUCAGCCGCACCUCUGCCGCUCAGCCCCUCACAGCUGGUUGUUUGACACACGGCACAAGCAUGGCCUCUAACCGGGUGAUCGUGUACGGUGGGAGAGGCGCUCUGGGCUCCAAGUGCGUCCAGUAUUUCAAAUCCAAAGGAUGGUGGGUCGCCUGCAUCGACAUGGCUGCUAACGAGGAGGCAAAUGAAAACGUGAUUGUCAAAGUGACUGAAUGUUUCACUGAGCAGGCAGGACAGGUGACGACAGAUGUGGCCCACUUGCUGGGGGAGCAGAAGGUGGACGCCAUCUUGUGUGUAGCAGGCGGCUGGGCCGGAGGAAACUGUAGUUCCAAAGACUUCUACAAAAACACGGACCUGAUGUGGAAACAAAGCKUGUGGACGUCCACCAUCUCCAGCCACCUGGCCGCUCGCCACCUCAAAUCUGGAGGUCUGUUGACUUUGGCUGGAGCUAAAGCUGCCCUUUCAGGCACUGGAGGCAUGAUGGGAUACGGCAUGGCUAAAGCCGCCGUCCACCAGCUGUGUCAGAGUCUGGCAGCCAAAAACAGCGGGCUGCCGCAGGGGGCUGCAGCUGUCGCCAUACUACCCGUUACCUUGGAUACGCCGAUGAACAGGAAGUUCAUGCCUGACGCAGACUUCGGCUCCUGGACGCCUCUGGAAUACAUUGCAGAAACGUUCUUCAGUUGGGCCUCAGGGGAGAACCGUCCAGCUUCAGGGAGCCUGAUGCAACUCCUGACCUCUGGAGGAGAAACUCAGGCUGUGGCCGCUCUGUAAGAGGAUGGAGCAGAGCUGCGGAGAAAUCAAGAUGGAUGGAAUCAGAGAGGAAGGAGUUAGAGAGACAGAAGGCGUAAUGAGAAGGUGACAGACUAGGGAAGGUAACAGGAGAUGACCAGAUGGGUUUCUCAUGGAGGGGGAGGCUUUCUUUACAAAAGCAGCCUCGCAGCGCCAUCUAGCUGUAGAUUUACCACAAUCUGUGGAAAAUCGUCAAGUGAUGAAAAUAAACUGUUCUUUAAUGGACCAUUGCAACUUAAUGGAAGUAUUCAAUUCUAUGUUAAAGAUCAGCGAUGUGAAAAUGUGUGAAAUUAGAAGCAGCACAGUUUUACAUAGUUUAUUAGAGGUUCAUUCAGGGAGGCUGAGGUGAAAACAGGAGCUACUAAUGAUGCAAACGGGAGGUAUUACAGCAGAUUUUCACCAAGAAUUUCUCAUCUCAAACACUACAUGUUUGUCCAGUGUUUAAUGUGUAGUGUGUGUGUUUUUAUUGCUCAUAUUACUCUGAAGGCUCUCUGCCUCUGCAGUAACCCAAAGAAAGCUGCCUCCUCCUCCAACACUUUAAGUGAAGUGGCCUUGUUUUAUUGUUUGCACCUUUUUUAACGUGGCCUUUGUGUCCUUCGUACAAAAAAGGUGCUCUGAUGCCGUGGGUGAGUUUUUACAAAUGUUGUCUUGUAGCUGUUAAAAUUCACAAUAAACUGGGUYAAUAACCAUGUAGAAAA